CCUUCCUAGGCCUUUCCUGCCCUUGUGUUCGAGUGAGACCGACAUUACACAGCCAUGAACGGCCUGGUGCACACCAUCCUGUUCACCGCCCUUUUCGGCAGCGCGCUCAGUGGAUUCCUCGGUGGAAGUGGCACUGGAGGUGGUGUCGGUGGAGGCUACGGUGGGGCGGGUCUUGGGGGCUACGGUGGUGGUAGUCUCGGAGGUUACGGUGGAGGGCUUGGUGCCGGUGGCCUCGGAGGAGGAGGAGGCCUUGGUGCCGGAGGUCUAGGAGGAGGCAGUGGCAACGUGGGUGUUGGGAGCAGCGUGGUCCUGCUGAACGGCGGCCGUGCGGGUGCAAGCAAAUCGGUGGCAGGGCCUGCGUUCCUCGUUCGCACGGUGCACCACGUGUCUCAAGUGCAUGGCGGUGGAGCCAUUGUGGCGCACUCUGGUCUCGGUGGUGUCGAUGGAGCCGGCAUUGGUGGAGGCGCCAGCAUCGGAGGUGCCGGACUGAUUGAUGGUGGAGCUGCUGGUCUCGGAGGAGGCUACGGAGGUGGCGGUUAUGGAGCUGGAGGCCUCGGUGGAGGUUACGGAAGCGGAGGAUACGGGGCUGCUGGUGCUGGAGCUGGUGGUGUCGUUGGCAAGCUACUGCUCGUCAAGCAUCACAAGUGAAAUCUGUCACCAGUGUUUUUAGCUUUUUAAACACA